AUGGAUGUUAUUGCUGAUUUACAAACAAAACUUAUCAAAGAAACGAUUGGUGAUGAUGCUACAGACGAUGAAAUUCAACAUGGUUUGAGAAUAUUGCGAAGUGCUCAUCAAUUAUAUGAUAAUGAUGAAUUUCAUAGUUUAUCUCUUUAUGUUCGACAUAAUCGUGCACAAAAAGGAAAUUUUCACAUUGGUGAUCAACCUAUUGAUAUUGAAUUAUUAAAUAUGCAGAAUGAAUUUGUUUCUUUAUUAUCUUAUUUUCAUUCGAAUCGACCAUUCUUAAUCAUUGCUGGUUCAUAUACAUGA